CGGCGCGUGAUCUCCAUGGUAACGUUGUCACGCAGGAGGAAGUGGACGGGACGGUCUGACAGUGAGUCCGUUGAACAAUGGCAGCUCAGGCAGUUCUGCCUAGGAGGGCCGACCCCACUGAGCUGAAAGCCAUUUUUGAAAAGUACGCCAGUGUAAAGAAGAACGAUGAGCACUUCAUGUCGCCGCAGGACUUUGUGGGCCGUUUCCUCCACGCCCACACAGACACCCGGCUGUCGGAAGAGGCCACAAAGCUGCUCGCAGGAGUGGUGGACCAGAAGAAAGAUGGGUUGAUCUCCUUUCAGGAGUUCGUAGCGUUUGAGUCGGUGCUGUUUGCCCCGGACUCCCUCUUCAUGGUCGCCUUCCUGCUGUUUGAUAAAGCGGGCAAUGGAGCGACCACUUUUGAGGAUGUGAAGCAGGUCUUCAGCCAGACCAGCAUCCACCAGCACAUCCCCUUCAACUGGGACUGUGAGUUCAUAGAGCUGCACUUUGGAACGCAGAGGGACAAGCAGCUCGGCUACGGAGAGUUCACCCAGUUCCUCCUGGAGAUGCAGCUGGAACACGCGCGACAGGCUUUUAUCCAGCGGGACCAAGCCCACAGCGGCUCCAUCUCAGCCCUUGACUUCAGCGACAUCAUGGUCACCAUCCGGCCACACAUGCUCACGCCCUUCGUGGAGGAAUGCCUUGUGGCGGUUACAGGAGGCAGCACAUCUCAUCACGUCAGCUUCUCCUACUUUAAUGGCUUCAACUCGCUGCUCAACAACAUGGAGCUGAUCAGGAAGAUCUACAGCACCCUGGCUGGCCACCGCAGAGAUGUUGAAGUCACCAAAGAGGAGUUCAUCGUGGCAGCUCAGAGGUUCGGCCAGGUGACACCUAUGGAGGUUGAAAUCCUCUUCCAGCUGGCAGACCUGUCAGAGCCCCGUGGACGUGUUGGUUUAGUGGACAUUGAGAAGAUCGCUCCGCUGGAGGAAGGCGCCCUGCCCUACAACUUGGCAGAGGUCCAGAGACAGCAGUUGGGCAGUGAUGGCUCCCGCCCUGUCCUGGUCCAGGUGGCAGAGUCGGCCUACAGGUUCACCCUCGGCUCAUUUGCAGGGGCUGUGGGUGCCACAGCGGUGUACCCCAUCGAUCUGGUGAAGACGCGCAUGCAGAACCAGCGGAGCAGCGGCUCCCUGGUGGGAGAGCUCAUGUACAAGAGCAGCUUCGACUGCUUCCGGAAGGUGGUGCGCUAUGAGGGCUUAUUUGGACUUUACAGGGGUCUGGUACCACAGCUACUGGGUGUGGCGCCCGAGAAAGCCAUAAAGCUAACAGUGAAUGACUUUGUGCGAGGAAAGACCAGACAGAAGGACGGCACCGUCCCUCUGGCUUCUGAGAUCCUGGCUGGUGGAUGUGCCGGAGGCUCUCAGGUGAUCUUCACCAACCCUCUGGAGAUAGUGAAGAUUCGUCUGCAGGUGGCAGGAGAGAUCACCACGGGGCCAAGGGUCAGGGCCCUGUCCGUCAUCAGGGACCUCGGCUUUUUCGGACUUUACAAGGGUUCCAAGGCCUGUUUUCUGAGGGACAUCCCCUUCUCGGCCAUCUACUUCCCCUCUUACGCUCACCUCAAGGCUUACCUCACUGAGGAGGACGGGAGGAUAGGGCCAGCCAAGAUGCUGUUUGCUGGAGCUCUGGCAGGCAUGCCCGCGGCCUCUCUGGUGACCCCCGCCGACGUGAUCAAGACCAGGCUACAGGUGGCGGCACGUGCCGGUCAGACCACCUACAGCGGCCUGGUGGACUGCUUCUGGAAGAUCCUCCGAGAAGAGGGGCCCCACGCGUUCUGGAAAGGAGCUGGAGCCCGAGUGUGUCGGUCCUCGCCUCAGUUCGGAGUGACUCUGGUGACCUAUGAGCUCCUGCAGCGCUGGCUCUACAUCGACUUCGGGGGACAAAAGCCGGCUGGCCUGGAGCCCACCCCGAAGUCUCGGAUCAGCCUGCCGGCGCCAGCCCCUGACCACAUCGGAGGCUUCAGGUUGGCCGUGGCCACGUUCGCUGGCAUUGAAAGCAAGUUUGGACUCCAUCUCCCACGCUACACGGUGGCGGCGGCGGCAGCAGCAGAAGCAGCAGCAGCAAAUGCCCCUUGAGUUUGCUCACUUUGUCAGUCAAUGAGUGGGGGGCUUGGGGUUCAUAGUAUUUUAAGUUACUAAUUUAAAGUUAUUUAUCGUUUUCUCACAAAUAUAUAUUUAAAUUGAUAGAUGUUAAAUAUCCUGUAUAUAUAUAUAGUUUAAAUAUAACUUAACUGCUUUGGACAACAGUAUCAAUAACUACAAACACUUGCAGCUCUUUCCAGUGUCUUCCUGUUGUUGCUUUCCACACAAAAGCACAUUCCUCAUACGAUCACAUAGCUAAAAACACAUUUAGUCAUACAUGUGGCACUUGUGUAUAUACGAGAUAUCCAGAGACAUAUUUUCAUAUCUAUACGGCUCUUCUGGUCCUGAGUUGCACAUUUGAUCCGAUGUAUCUUGAAGAAUUUUACCAAAAAGUACUUGAAUGUAAAGACAGUGUAAUGUACACAAUGUUUACUGUUGUGAGAUGUUUGGUUUCAGGUCUAAACGUGUACAGAUGUGUAAAUAUCAGAGAGAGAGAGAGAGCUGGCACCAUCUGCACCUCUGGAGUGUGUCAGGAGUAUCUCAAACUGUGCAGAGAAAGUAGAGUUACAUAUGGUGAGUAAUAAUAAACGUGCCUUACUGUAUGUAUGGCAGCAACAUGUGAGU